AUGUUUGACAUGCGGGAUAGCUAUCGUAAGGCGAUGCAAAGCGGACGCAGCAAGCCGAUUAAGCUUAAAUUUACACCAAAGAAAAGUGUGGCAAAUGGUCUGCUAUCGAUAAACGUUGACGCCUUUCGCACUUCAAAUCAAUUUACUUCCAGUACAAGUGUUUGGAAUUCGUCUUCCGAGGCUUCCGUCUCUCCAGCGGAGCUUUGUAACCCUGCCUUCGAGGAGGAAGAUCAAACCGAUAUCUGCCCUAUUGAUCAAGCGAUACCAGUAAGAGAUUCUAACGAUAACAUCUCCUCAGAAUCAACUAAUUCUAUGUAUAAAAGUUCCUCAAAAGGAUCUGUGCAUAGCGACCAAGCCUAUGUUCGAUUUUAGGAUUCCAAAACCAAGGGAAAGAAUGGCGAGUCCAAAACCGUUGCUAACCUUGGUUCUGCCUUGGAUAGGAAAAGGUCAUUAUCGGAGAUAUUUCUACGUACGACCAGUGCAAAAGACAGUCUGA